GUGAAUAUUCUUGCAACUAUUUACUCAAAACUGGAGUUGUUUGUGGGUGAACUUGCUGUCAGCCUAAAGGGUGCUUUGAAUAUUGGAAGGUUAAAAAGCAUAUUUCCUACAGAGUUUGUAGCAAGCCAAUGA